AGACCCGUUUACAUUAAUCGGGUUAUACGAAAUCAAGCAAACCGCUUUAUUAGGGUUCGUAUCAAAAUCUCAACUCGCUGAAGAACGUGAACUGAAAUGGCUGAUGAAGCAAACAAAACAGCGUUUGUGGAAAUUCAAAGUCGCAUGAUUGAGACAACUGCAAAAUUGAAACAGGUUCAAAACCAGAUGCGAAACAAGGAAAGUGAAAAGAAGCGUGCUUAUUUAACCUUGGAGGAACUACGACAGCUGUCUGAUGACACAAACACAUACAAAUCUAUAGGGAGAACAUUCGUCUUAGAGCCGAAACCAUUUUUAAUGAAUGAACAAGAAAAGAAGCUCAAGGAUAGUGAAACUGCCAUAGCCUCUUUACAGACUUCAAAGGAGUACCUUGAGAAACAAUUGACAGAGGUGGAAGCUAACUUGAGGGAGCUUCUGCAACAAGAUCCGGGUCUUGCUCACCAGAUAAUGUCCAUGGCUGCCGUGUAAGCGUUUUCCAUCCGCCAAAAUCCAUAAUUUGUUGUACGUACAAUUUUGAAAUUCAGAUAAUGUAUGUGAUUUUUUGUGACAUUAUGUUGCAUUGAUUGUGAUUGGUCUAGAACCGAAUUUAUCAUACGUUUGAGCUUUAGACAUCUUUGUAAUCUGAAAUCUGCAGUUAAUAUUUUUCCUUUAUAUACAUUGUAAACAGUUUUAAUCA